AUGCACAAAGAAAUCGCAGCUAAGAUUGCUAGUGGCAAACCUAGUGAAGUUCUUGGGAUUUUAAUUUCAUGUACAGAAGAAGCAUGCACUACUAGGCAAAUGAGUGAAGAGGAGUGUGGGGAGUUUAUGAAUGCUUUUAAUGCAAAGUUAAACAUAGGUUCUAAUCAAACCCUAUUUAAUAGUCAAUUAGAGCGUUUCUCGUAGCAACCUCAAUAUAUUUAGUAAAUUUAUGGGGCUAUAAGUUAAUAAGCAAUUUCCACCGAUUUUUUAUGUCGGCAGGCUACUUUUGCACCUUUCUGCUUCUUCUCGUUCUCCUCGAGCAUUAGAAACAUUAAAGCAUCUAGCGGGAAGGGAUUCUGAUAUUAUUAAUGGUAAUGAUGGGUAUACUCCCCUGCACGCUUCUAUUAAUAUCCCAGAUAACAUAUAGACAGUAAGGUGUUUUAUAAAAAAGCGUUGAUAUUAAUGUUAAGGAUAAUAAGGGACACACCACAUUGCGCAUUGCUACAGGUUCUUCUGACUUAUACAUGGUGCAGUAUCCAGUAGAAAAGGUGCUGAUGUUAAAUAUUUGCUCCAAAAUCAUCUUUAACAUUAGCAUCAGCGCCGUUUCCCACAAGAUAUCUUAUAAUCUCGAAUCUGAUGUAUUAGAAGUACUAGCAGUGUCCAAUGGGGUAUAACCACUAUCAUUUUUAAUAUUAACACAGUAUUCUUAGUUUUCCUAACUCCAGCAUAGAUGUAGUACAUUAUUUGGCAGGAGAAAUAGGUUCUAACAUUCAUGCUGUAAAUAUAGAUGGAAAUAUUCCAUUGCACAAACCUAUUAGCUCUUCUUGCAAUUUAGAGGAUAAGAGCACUAUUGAAUCUGCAGAUUCAGUAACAAUGCUUCAAGAUUCAGCACUAGUACUUGUUAAUAAUGCUAGACAUAAAGAGGCGCCGCAAUUGGCCAAUGGUCAAGGUGGUGAGAUAAUAUCACAGGUUGAUUUAAUGGUAUAG